CUCCUUUUUUUUAGAAUAACGCAAAUCUCCAAAUUGACCUUCUUUUUCCAAAAUGGAUUUCGAUCAGAUCCUUUCUGCCAUCGGAGGAUUCGGCAAAUAUCAGAAAAUCUUGUACGUAUGGAUCUGUCUGCCCCAGAUCUUCCUCGCCUUCCACAUGAUGGUGAGCAUCUUCACUGGAUCCUCGCCGCGCCAUUACUGCCGGGACAGCUCUAGCUCAGUGGCCGGGAAUCACUCCUUCUUCCCGGGUACGAUCAGCCUGAACUUCAGCAUCUCUCAUUCCUCCUGCUCCUUCUUCGAUGUCCCGCUGCAGGGAAACCGGACCGAGCGCGUACUGUGUGCCCAUGGAUGGGUGUACAGCAAAGAGACUUUCCAGAGUACAACGGUCACUGAGUGGGACCUGGUGUGUGACAGAGCUGGACUCAACAGUCUCGGAUCAUCUAUCUACAUGCUUGGCCUGUUGGUGGGAUCUGUGCUGUUUGGAGCCAUGGCUGACAGGUACGGCCGGCGACUCGUCCUGCUGUUGUCCAUCGCACUGCAGACUGUGUUCGGAGUGGCAGUGGCUUUUGCUCCUAACUUCCCCAUCUAUGUGAUUCUGCGCUUCAUAGUUGGCACCACCAUAUCCGGAGUCAUCAUCAACGCCUUCGUCCUCGGCACUGAGUGGACAUGCACCAAGAGGCGCAUGUUAGCCGGUAUCUUCACAGACUAUGCAUUUGGUUUGGGCUACAUGCUACUAGCAGGCGUAGCCUACUUGAUCCGUGACUGGAGGAAGUUGCAGCUAGCUAUCUCUGCCCCGGGUUUCCUGCUCAUCUUCUACAUCUGGGUGCUCCCUCAGUCUGCCAGGUGGUUGUUGGCUAAUGACAGGAGGGAGGAAGCCAUUGCAUUACUCCGCAAGGCAGCACUUGUUAAUGGCCGGGUCUUACCUCCUGCUGUACAAGUGAAGAAGUGUCGGAUUUUGGCUGAAGAGAAGCGAAGUUAUUCAGCAGUGGAUCUCGUACGAACGCCUCAGAUGAGGAAGAGGGCUAUCAUCUUAUUCUACAUCUGGUUUGUCAAUGUGCUGGUGUAUUACGGCCUCUCUCUGGGUGUGUCUAGGUUAGGGACUAACCUUUACUUGACCCAGUUUGUGUUCGGGGUGGUUGAGAUCCCGGCUCGGUCUCUUGUCUUGCUUGUCCUGCCCUUCAGUCGCCGACUCUCCCAGAGCGGAUUUCUGGCUGUUGGAGGGCUGGCCUGUCUGCUCAUGCUGGCUGUCCCUGCAGAUCAUCCCAGUGUUCUGACUGCUCUUGCCAUGGUAGGGAAGUUUGGGAUAACAGCGUCCUUUGCUGUAAUCUAUGUGUACACUGCUGAGAUAUUCCCCACUGUGCUUCGGCAAACAGGAAUAGGUGUAUCCUGUAUGUUUGCAAGGAUGGGCGGUGUGUUAGCUCCCAUUAUAAACAUGCUUCACAACCAAAGCCCCUCUACCCCUCUGCUCAUCUUCGGUACCUCCCCCCUGCUUGGUGCUGUCCUGGCCCUGGCACUGCCCGAAACGGCCGACAGACCUCUGCCUGACACGGUGGAGGACACAGAGAGCUGGGACAUGAGGUCGCCUACCGGCAAGGAGAGCCCCGAGAUGUCUGAGGAUGUGAGUCAAUCAGCCAGCAGCACAGAGGAGCAGGAACUACAAUGUCUGGCAAACCAAGCCUAAGUGUGUGUAUGAGGCUGCACACAUUCACAUAUUAUACAGCCUCAACUUUGUUACCUGCAGAUACAGGCCUUAACAUAACAUCCUCUAUGCAUUAUGUCCCUUAGGAUCUGAUUAAGAGCACUAUGCAAACACAAACUAACAUGCAAGUGUACAAACACGCGCGCACAC